GAUGAAAGGAAAUUUAAGAAACCUCUUUAGUAGACAAGUCCUCUUUGCAUGACUCUCUUCUCUUGCAAUCCAAAGGUGAGGAAAUUUUGGGUGUCCUCUGCCUCUACUUUUUGUUUGCUCCCAAAGUUUCCUCAAUCGGGUUCUUCUUUCUUUUUCUUCUACUGCUUAGGAAUAGUAGAGCAUAGUUAUAUUUUGGUGGGGAAAGGAGCAAAGCAAGAUUGCAUAUAGGAGGCUAGCUAGAAGCUGCUUCUUUGAUUACAUAUAUAAAUAUUGGUUUAUAAAGAAGAGAACUUUGUGAGAAGAAAUGGAGUUUCCGGAGCUCUCUUUGGCUCCAACACAGUUUGUUGUGAAUAAGAGCAGUAUUUGUUCAUCUCCAGAAUCUGACGGCAACACUUCCCGGAAGAGGAAGUUUUUCAAUGAUCACUCGAUUAAGACUGACCAAGCAGUUCACACUAGUGUUGAUCUUCAACUGAAAGAUCCACUGCCAAUAGGCUGGGAGCAAUGCCUUGAUCUUGAAUCAGGUAGAAUGUAUUAUCUGAACAGGAAGACCUUGAGGAAGAGUUGGGAGUGGCCCAAGGAUCAAAAGCUAGACCUUGAACUCAACAUCUCAACAAACUCAACUUGUUCUGAGCAGUACAGCAGUGGCAGCUCUGUUACACUUGAGGACUCCAAGAAGAAAUACUCCUCAAGUAACAUGAUUGCUUUGGCUUGCUUGAAUUGCCAUCUCCUAGUCAUUCUCUCCAAAUCCUCUCCAUCUUGUCCCAACUGCAAGUAUGUCCAUUCACUCCCAUCCCAACAGACCCCACAAGCCAAAGUCCCAGUUGUCAAGUCCCUCAACACCUUAAGCCUCUUAAAUUGAGCUGUGGAAAAUAGAAAAUCAUGCAUUGGAGAAAUUGAUCAGUGGAAUCAACAUUUUGGUGUAACCAUGCUAAGCUGGUUUAUGAUGUCUUAUUUGAAGUAGAAAAUGUAAAAAUCUAUGGGAAGCCUUUCUUAUGUUUUACUUGUUAUAGAAUAGUCUCAUUUGGUAAUCCUUGGUGAUGAGUGAGACUUUGUAAGAACAAUGAUGGGCUGCAAUACAUUUCCGCUCAAAAGUUAAGUACUACACAAUCAAUUAGACAAAUGUAAUGCAUGAAUCAGCAAUAUUGUUGUGGCC